AUACGUAUCUGCGCUUUGAAACCUAAACUCCACUCCCAUCCAGUCUACGUCGACGCUCGCUCGAACCCACACGGCUCACGCGAGAUUGAGGACUUGUCCAUCAGUUGAAUCAUUCGAAUCCAGGCUGAUUCAUCCACCUGCCUUAUCAUAUCAAUAGUAAAUUGGUGAUCUCGCUUAUUUAUUGUUUGAUAUUGCUGUUAUAUAUUGAUCAACAUAAAUAAUGGCUGCCGAGGAUUCAAAAGAUAAAGAACACAAGGAGGAGAAGAUGGACAUCGACGUUGCUGACAAGCCGGCCGAGAAGGAGAAGAGUCCCGAGGAGAUCGCGGGAUUAGUUCUUAAUGAUAUCAAGCAGAACUUUGGAUUUCUCGAGAAGGCUGCCAACAACUUUGAGCCUCGAUUCUCUAUGCGUGUUCUGCGCGGUCUUGGUGGACUUCGUCGCCGCUUGACUCCCGAUAUCAUCGUCAGUGCUCUCGACGCUGCGUACUCGUCUCCAGAUCACAAGUCGGCACAGUUGGUGCUCAAGUACCUCGAGCGAGAAGCCACCUCGUCGACCAUGGAUGUUGACGCCUCGGCGACUGUGCUUCCAGAAAUUGACAUAUACAUGUUGCUUUUGACGCAGGUCUAUCUGUUAGAUCAGGGAGAUGCUGAGAAGCUGAAUGCGUUUAGCGACGAAGCGAUCGUUACCUUGCGUUCCUACAACCGACGAACGUUGGACGCGUUGGCGGCCAAGAUGUGGUUUUACUAUGCUCAUGCAAAGGAGCUCAGCAACAUGUUCACCGAGAUCCGACCAAUGCUCCUCGGAGUUCUUCGAACUGCUACUUUGCGCCACGACACGGAAACGCGCGCAAUGAUCAUGACCCUUCUACUCCGCAACUACCUCAACACGCAGACGAUUUCGCAGGCGCACCAGCUCGUUCUCAAGGGUGAUUUCCCCGAGAACGCGGCUACGUCAGUGGUGGCCCGAUACCUGUACUAUGUUGGCCGGAUCAACGCCAUCCAGCUCAACUACAGUGCCGCCAACGAGAGCUUGAUCGGUGCGAUCCGCAAGGCGCCUCAGACCAAGUACGCGGCAGGAUUUUUGCAGGCUGCGCAGAAGCUCAAGGUGAUUAUCGAGCUGUUGAUGGGUGAUAUUCCGGAGCGGUCGCUGUUCCGCGAGCCGAUGUACAAGAAUGCGCUACUACCCUACAUGGAUCUCGUGCAAGCGGUCCGGAUCGGUGACGUUCCCCAGUUUUCCCAGACGAUUGAGAAGUACAGGGAUGCGUUCAAGAAGGACGGCACGUACAUGCUGAUCCUGCGUCUGCGCCAGAACGUGAUCAAGACUGGAAUCCGCAUGAUGAAUUUGUCGUACGCCAAGAUCUCGCUCCGAGAUAUCUGCAUCCGCCUUCACCUCGACUCUGAGGAGAGCGCGGAGUACAUUGUGGCCAAGGCGAUCCGCGACGGCGUUAUAGAGGCUACGAUCGACCACGAGAAAGGGUAUAUGCAGAGCAAGGAGAUUCUGGAUAUCUACUCCACGCAGGAGCCGAACAUUGCGUUCCACGAACGCAUUAAGUUUUGCAUUGCUCUGCACAACGAGAGCGUCAAGGCUAUGCGCUACCCGAUGAACCAGCACCGGGUCGAGCUCAAGAACGUCGAGGAGGCGCGCGAGAGAGAGAAAGAGCUCGCUACCGAGAUCCAGCAGGGCGACAUCGAGGACGACGACGGGGACUUUGACGGCUUGUAAAGAAGAUGCCCAUUUACUUCACACUAUUGCAAUAGUAACAUUAUUCCUAUUUCCACAUCCAACUGUAGCAGCAUAACCGUCGAAACACAGCGCACUUGAGUCGGCUGCCAGGAGCGGGCGAAGGAACGCCGUGGAAUCGGCGGAAUGCGAGAAAAGAGUCAAAGCCACGUGACACUUUGCGCCGGUCAACCG